ACUUUGCCCCGCGCUCUCUGGUUGGACGGGGCGGUGCGUGCUGCAGCCGCCGCGGCUUGAGGCCCGUGCCCCUGCGCGUCUGUGGGAACAGUUCCCUAGGGUUAUUUUCAAGAUGGACGCAACCCUAACAGCAGGUGAAAUCCGGCAGCGUUUUAUAGAUUUCUUCAAGAGAAAUGAACACACCUAUGUGCACUCAUCUGCCACCAUCCCUUUGGACGAUCCCACUUUGCUCUUUGCCAACGCAGGCAUGAACCAGUUCAAACCCAUCUUUCUGAAUACUAUUGACCCAUCUCACGCUAUGGCAAAGCUGAGCAGAGCUGCCAACACUCAGAAAUGCAUCCGGGCUGGCGGCAAACACAAUGACCUGGAUGACGUGGGCAAGGAUGUCUAUCAUCACACCUUCUUUGAGAUGCUGGGCUCCUGGUCCUUUGGAGAUUACUUCAAGGAACUGGCAUGUAAGAUGGCUCUAGAACUUCUUACCCAAGAGUUUGGCAUUCCAGUUGAAAGACUCUACGUUACUUACUUUGGUGGGGACGAAGCAGCUGGCUUAGAACCAGACCUGGAAUGCAAACAGAUCUGGCAAAACUUGGGGCUGGAUGACAGCAGAAUCCUCCCCGGCAACAUGAAGGAUAACUUCUGGGAGAUGGGUGACACGGGCCCAUGUGGUCCCUGCAGUGAGAUCCACUAUGACCGGGUUGGUGGUCGGGAUGCGGCUCACCUUGUCAACCAAGACGACCCCAACGUGCUGGAGAUCUGGAACCUCGUGUUCAUCCAGUAUAACAGGGAAACCGAUGGCAUUCUGAAGCCUCUUCCCAAGAAAAGCAUCGACACAGGGAUGGGCCUGGAGCGACUGGUGUCCGUGCUGCAGAAUAAGAUGUCCAACUAUGACACUGACCUUUUUGUCCCUUAUUUUGAAGCCAUCCAAAAGGGCACAGGUGCUCGGCCAUACACUGGGAAAGUGGGUGCAGAGGACACUGACGGGAUCGACAUGGCCUACCGGGUGCUGGCUGACCACGCACGGACCAUCACUGUGGCCCUGGCCGAUGGCGGCCGACCUGACAAUACAGGGCGGGGGUAUGUGUUGAGACGGAUUCUCCGCCGGGCUGUUCGAUAUUCCCAUGAGAAACUCAAUGCCAGCAGGGGUUUCUUUGCUACGUUAGUAGACGUCGUUGUCCAGUCUCUGGGUGAUGCGUUUCCUGAGCUGAAGAAGGACCCAGAUAUGGUGAAGGACAUCAUUAAUGAAGAAGAAGUGCAGUUUCUCAAGACGCUCAGCAGAGGGCGUCGCAUCCUGGACAGGAAAAUUCAGAGCCUGGGAGACAGCAAAAUCAUUCCUGGGGAUACCGCUUGGCUCCUCUACGACACCUACGGGUUCCCCGUGGAUCUCACCGCGCUGAUUGCUGAGGAGAAGGGGCUGGUGGUGGACAUGGAUGGCUUUGACGAGGAGAGGAAGCUGGCCCAGCUGAAAUCACAGGGCAAGGGAGCUGGUGGGGAGGACCUCAUUAUGCUGGACAUUUAUGCUAUUGAAGAGCUGCGGGAAAAGGGUCUGGAGGCAACAGAUGAUUCCCCGAAGUACAGUUACUAUUCGGACUCCAGUGGGACCUACGUGUUUGAGAGUGCAGUAGCUACAGUGAUGGCUCUGCGCCGGGAUAAGAUGUUUGUGGAAGAAGUGUCCACAGGCCAGGAGUGUGGAGUGGUGCUGGACAAGACCUGUUUCUAUGCUGAGCAGGGAGGGCAGAUCUACGACGAAGGGUACCUGGUGAAGGUCGACGACAGCAGUGAAGACAAAACUGAGUUCACAGUGAAGAAUACUCAGGUCCGAGGAGGAUAUGUGCUGCACAUAGGAACACUCUACGGCAGCCUGAAAGUGGGGGACCAGGUCCGGCUGUUUAUUGAUGAGCCCCGACGAAGGCCUGUCAUGAGCAACCACACGGCCACCCACAUCCUGAACUUCGCCCUGCGCUCCGUGCUGGGGGAGGCUGACCAGAGAGGCUCCCUAGUUGCACCUGACCGCCUUCGCUUUGACUUCACUGCCAAGGGAGCCAUGUCCACCCAGCAGAUCAAGAAGGCUGAGGAGAUUGCAAAUGAGAUGAUUGAGGCAGCCAAGCCGGUCUACACUGAGGAUUGUCCUCUGGCGGCAGCUAAAGCCAUCCAGGGCCUGCGGGCUGUGUUUGAUGAGACCUACCCUGACCCUGUGCGAGUCGUCUCCAUUGGGGUCCCAGUGUCUGAGCUGCUGGAUGACCCCUCCGGUCCUGCUGGCUCACUCACUUCUGUUGAGUUCUGUGGGGGAACACACCUGCAGAACUCGAGUCACGCAGGAGCGUUUGUGAUCGUGAGUGAAGAAGCUAUUGCCAAGGGCAUCCGGAGGAUAGUUGCUGUCACAGGGGCUGAAGCCCACAAGGCCCUCAGGAAAGCAGAGAGCUUGAAGAAAUCUCUCUGUGUCAUGGAGGCCAAAGUGAAGGCCCAGACUGCGCCGAACAAGGACGUGCAGAAAGAGAUCGCGGACCUCGGGGAGGCCCUGGCCACUGCCAUCAUCCCUCAGUGGCAGAAGGAUGAAUUCCGGGAGAAUCUCAAGUCCCUGAAGAAGAUCAUGGAUGACCUAGACCGGGCUAGCAAAGCCGAUGUGCAGAAGCGGGUGUUGGAGAAGACGAAACAGCUCAUCGACAGCAGCCCCAACCAGCCCCUGGUCAUCCUGGAGGUAGAGAGCGGCGCCUCGGCCAAGGCCCUGAACGAAGCCCUGAAGCUCUUUAAGACGCAUUCCCCCCAGACGUCCGCCAUGCUCUUCACAGUGGAUAAUGAGGCCGGAAGGAUCACGUGCUUGUGUCAAGUCCCCCAGAAUGCAGCCAACCGGGGCCUGAAAGCCAGCGAGUGGGUGCAGCAGGUGUCAGGCCUGAUGGACGGCAAAGGCGGUGGCAAAGACGUGUCUGCUCAGGCCACGGGCAAGAACGUGGGCUGCCUGCAGGAGGCGCUGCAGCUGGCCACCUCCUUUGCCCAGCUGCGCCUGGGAGACGUGAAGAACUGAGAGGGAAGGGCAGGUCCACCAGGAGGCAUCUCCCCCGCCCCGACCCAGACACAUCCGUCCAGCCAGGAGCUCUCCUUCCACCACAAGGACGUUUGAAUCUUGGGACCUUUAAACAGCCCCGUCUGUCCUAACCCAGCAGUAACCGGAACUUAACCUGGGAGCCAGCCUAUGACUCAACACCCAUGUUACAUUUCUGCCCCGAGCACAUCCGCGCCAUCCGUCUAGAACUACUACCCCAGGAUUGCUUUUUCAUCAUCACGCUUGUGUCUGUAGAGAGUUCUCUGCAGACUCAGUGCUGUGGGCCUCAAGAGAGGAAUCAUUUUUGCCGCAGAGAAUAAAAAGACCAUGUGCAAUACUUGA